AUGUUCUCCCCGGGCGAGGCGAAAGCCACAACUCACCACCUGCGGUCAAAGGGCGUGGACAAGAAUGCAUCGUCAUCUGACAUUAAGAAGGCGUAUUACUCCUUGGCCAAAAAGUACCACCCUGACACGAACAAAGGUGCAGGAGCAAAAGACCGCUUCGCGGAAUCUCAGACAGCCUACGAGAUGCUUUCCGAUCCGAAAAAGAAAGAGGCUUGGGAUCAAUAUGGGGCUGCAGCUUUCGAUCAGGGUGCAGGAUUUGACCCAAGCGGGGCUGCUGGCUCUGGUGGGUUUGGUGGCUUCUCUUCUGGGGGUUUCGGAGCCGACAUCAAUUUCGAGGACCUUUUUGGCGCGUUCACAGGAGGAGGCCGAAGGGGCAGAGGUUCACGGCAGUCCCCAUUUCAAGAGGAAGUCCUUGUUGGACAAAACAUUGAGGUGCAGACGAACAUAUCCUUCAUGGAUGCAGCAAAGGGAACGAGUAAGGAUAUUCUCAUCACACCUCUCGUACAGUGCAGGACAUGUUCUGGUGCAGGGUUGAAGAAGGGGCAAACACGAUCGCCUUGCAAAAAGUGUGGUGGGACGGGGACACGGGUACAUUUCAUGCAAGCAGGCUUUCAAAUGGCGAGCACCUGCGAGACUUGUGGUGGCCAGGGAGUGAUGAUACCAAAGGGUGGAGAGUGCGGCUCUUGCAGUGGGAACGGAGUAGUGAGAGAGCGGAAAACAGUCAACAUCGAUGUACCGGGCGGUGUAGAAGACGGCAUGCGAAUUCGAGUCUCCGGAGAAGGCGACACUCCGCCUACUGGUACAGCUGCGAAUCCGAACGCCCAGUCUACGAGAGGAGAUCUUUAUGUUUUCAUCAGGGUCGCUGCGGACUCGAAGUUCAGUCGCUCUGGCGCAGAUGUACUCUAUACGGCAUCCAUCCCACUCACGACGGCCGUACUUGGCGGUGAAAUCAGUGUCCCAACAUUGGAAGGAGAGGUGAAGCUCAAGGUAGCGACCGGUACCGGAACUGGUGACAAAAUCACUCUGAGUGGAAUGGGGAUGCCUCGACUUGGAGGGCGGCGUAAUGCACUGGGAGACUUACGUGUGGAAUACAAGGUCUCAAUGCCUAAGUAUCUAACAUCGAACCAGCGGACGAUUUUGGAGAUGCUUGCAGACGAGCUUGAGGAUAAGAAUGCCAAACGAGUGAUGAACGUUGGGAGGGCUAAUGAUCCGCCAUCCACUACGAAAGAUGCAUCAAAAUCCUCGGCAUCUGCUGAGUCCCACAAGAACGAAGGGUUUCUGAAAGCUGCGUGGAAUAGGCUGACACAGCAGCACGAUAAUCUACCGCCAGAAGAAGCGGCUCGCGAUUCAAAGGCCGCAAACAAAGCUCAAGAAGAGGAGCCCAAGAAAGCAUCGGGAUCAGGAUCGGGGUGA